AUGGAAAACGCAUCAAGAAUCAGCCCUAACUUUGUACUUAUUGGACUUGUAGAGAUAGGAAAUGUGAAAUAUCUCUACUCUGUGCUGGCCUUGGUCCUGUACAUCGCCAACAUGAUGUUAUGUUCUGCCAUCAUCUGGGCCAUCUGGUUGGAAGCCAAGCUUCAUGAACCCAUGUACAUUUUUAUCGGUAACUUGGUCUUCAACGCUAUCAUUGGAAGCUCAACCAUCUUGCCCAAACUAGUGACUGAUCUACUUUUUGGGGUUAAAACUAUUAACCUCUCCAGCUGUCUCGUUCAGUCGUUCUGCAUUGAGUGUGUUGCUUAUGCCGAAAUUUUUACUUUUACCAUCAUGGCGUACGAUAGAUAUUUAGCUAUUGGCAACCCGUUGAGGUAUCCGACCCUGAUGACCAACCAGAAAGCUCUCAUGUGUGUUUCCAUAGCUUGGCUCAUCAUCUUCAUAAACCGAAUCAUAGGGGGGAUAUUGGCUGCAACAUUAACCUUUUGUGGGGUGAUCAUCAACAACAUCUAUUGUGAGACUAUGUCCAUUGUUCGUCUCGCAUGUGGUGAUACAACCAUCAACAAUGUCUUCGGCACAACCGGCACUCUUGUUGUGAUCUCAGCGUCUGCCCAUCAGAAAGCCAUUAACACCCUGGUGACGCACAUCGCUGCCUUCUCUACCUUUAUGGUGGCCACCUUGUUUGUUGGUUUUCGGGGGAGUCAUGGGGACAUAGAAUGCAAGGAAAGUCAGGCUGGGGACUACGAAUGA